UAAGCGUUUUAGAGGGUAGUGUGAUACGCUUAUUUCACCGUGCAUCCACUGUGUUUAUGGGGUCUGUCGGACCCCUUCACAUUUAAUGAGCCAUAACCAUGCGUCUUCACAGCCUCGGGGUCUGAAUAAAGAGCUGUGUCCCUUCCCAAGUCUUGACGUUGACUGUGUGGCCGUGACUCCCUGAAUCUCUGUAGAGCCAUUGUUCUCAUAUUGCUUUUGCUGUCUUUCUUCUCUUGACAUUGAACUUGGUUUUACUUUAAAACCUGGCAGCUUUGCAGGAAAUCGGCAGAGGUUUUUGGAACAUCCACACCUGCUGACAAGGUGCAUGGAUGAGAUAACACUAACUGAAAGAUAUGCAGCAGCAGGCAGCAUGCAUAAAUAAAGUCAGUCCCCCUGCAAGCGUCGCUACAUAUUUUAUCUUACGGCUUUGCAGGAAAAGGAAGCGUUAACCUUGUUUAUGGGAACUGGUGGCUUUUGGUUAUGUGCACGGUCUCAUGCACUGGUGUCCGCAAGUUAAAAAGCAACAGGUAGAAAUGUUUAAAUGUAAAAUAGAUGAGCCAACUCUGCCAGCUGAUACUUCCUGUACGUACUUCAUAAUAAAAGCCCUACAUAGGUCUCAAUAAUCAGUAAUAUCUAGAGGUCAUUUGCAGUUGGAAGGUGCAUAAUUGGAAAUCUUCAAAUCAAUUUACAGUAAAGAUGUAUUAACAUUAGCACAAGUUAGUAUUGUAGUGUCCCUCUCAUCAAGCCGUCAACAAGUCAAAUAUGCUCUUUUUUUCUUUUACCUGCAGUGAUGCGUUUUCACAGAAUAAUUUCCCGUAUCCAGUUGUUUGAUUAUUGUAAUCCUGACGUAUUACACUUUUUUACCUUAUUUGUGCGUUUAUUAUAAGAAUGCGAGCUAUUGUUCCAUGCGCCGCCAGUGGAUCGGGCUGUGUGCGUAGCGAAAGUAGCCUGGCCCGGUCCGUUAUCCAGGUCAGGCCAACAGGUUCUGAGCUCAUGCCGAUUGCCUCAUCUCUCGCUGAACGUGUGGAGGCUGUAUGUGGGGCACAGGGGGAGAGGAGGGACGCUGCCCAACACACUUACUCUCCGUCUUUUAGAAUCGGCUCAAGAUGCAGCCAAAACAGUCGAACUCUGAUCUGCCCGGGCAUAAUGACGCCGCUCAAUGCUCCGGAUUCCUCUGAGGCUCAGUCUGACACGGUUUCAUCGAAGACAGCGGAACCUGAAAAGGAAUCAAAGCAUUAAUUCAGGAGGUCCAGUCAUCACUCCUUUUCUUCUAGUUUUCAGAAUGUGUCCUCUCUUUUUUUCUUCUUCUUGGCUCUGCCUCUCUCUAUAUUCAGGACCCGACCGGGGCAGCUCUCCUUGGCAAACAUGUUUCAAAGUCAUGCUAAUUCUUCCAAGACUUUUCAAAUUGCGAUAAGAGACGAGGAGAUGUGCAUAAAAUGGUGUCUGGAGGCAUUAAAGGAGGUGUGCAGCAUGAUAAACACCAUCUGCUUGAGCUGCACAACCAUAUUAGACGGCGAAUAUUAGCUUUCAUCCUAAAUAUGUAGAAACCGCAGCAUAUGUCUGAAUGACAGAUUUGUCAGGGCGACUUGCGAUCCUUCAUUUAUUCCUCCUUUAAGUCCAGAGUCGUCGUAGCAGCUGAGCUUCUGCUGGAAUCGCCGUGUUUUCCUGAUAUUAAGAUGCAGACACGCAUGACCUCAGCACAGCUCCCACUAAAGUCAUGUCCCAUGAGUCUGUGGUUUUGAGUCUAGUUUAUUCUGUGGUGGUUAAGUAUUUUUGUUGUGUUGUUUGACCUGGAUCUGAGUGCUACGGUCGCGCACGUCGUCGUCCUCUCGGGACCCGCUACCACAAACAUACGUUUAAUGGCUAUUGGACGCACGCGUGCCUCGCGGCGCGCGUCAAAUUGCAAACAUAACUGGUGUUUUUCACAGGAAUGGUAGGCAUCUUUCAGUAAACGCUGACCUGUGCUAUGAGCCAAGGAGGGAGGGUUAGUGAGGGAGAGGGGGAGUCCGGCUCUUGGAAGGAGGGAAGGUCUUAAGAAGAUGGUGAGAGGGAGGGACAAAGGAAGAACUACACUGAAAGGCCUGAAAAAAGGGCAGACAAGAGAAACACAGAAGAAGAAAAGACCUGCGAUAGUGGCCGACGGGGGUGGAAGAACACAGCGUCUGUGAUCUGCCCGUUGCAGCCUGCGUGUUUCUGGGAGCAGGACAGGUAGAGGCCCCUCAGGGGCUGGAUCAUGGGGCAGAGCCUUCGCGUGGAGACCCCGGCUCAGGAUCCACAGCAACGCAGCAAUGGCGAUGACGAAGCUGAGCAGCACCACGGCACGAUGGUGGGAGAAGGGGGCAGCGCGGGGGGCAGCACCCCUCCCCCCAAGCGCAAGGGCAAGUUCUCCACCCUCGGAAAGAUCUUCAAGCCGUGGAAGUGGAGGAAGAAGAAAAGCAGCGAGAAGUUCAAGGAGACUUCUGAAGAGCUGGAGAGAAAGAUGUCCACGAGACGUACGCGGCAGGAGCUCAUAGAUCAGGGAGUGUUAAAGGAGGUCCCGGACAACGAUUUGAAUGCAGACGCACAAACCCUGAAGCAGGCCUACGUGAAGAACGGCCACACUCUGCCUGUGAGUGCCGGCGUCGGGGGGCCGGGCGCUGGAGGGCGGAGCCCGUGCAACCAGGGCAAGCCCUUCUCGGAGCCGGAGUUCAGGAUGAACCCCGCCUGGCUCGUCCAGCCCGACGACCCCCGGGGCCGCCCCCCCACGGACGGAGACCGCAGGGGAGCUCUGGGCCCCAGGGCCGCGGGACUGCACGAGGACCCGCGGAGAGGGGCCGCGGCGGCGCCGCGCCCGCACAGGGAGGCUGACUGGAAGCCCAAUAUGGCGUGGCAGGGCCCGGUGGAGGAGGGCCGGCGCGGCGGCCGCCUCCACCCCGACGACGGACGGGGGCGGCCCGGCCUGCAGAAGGCUCCCUCCGAGGACGGGGGCAGGAGCCGGGCGGCCGAGUCGGACUGGAAGCCCACGCUCCCGCGACACGCGUCCGCCGAGGAGGGGAGGGCCCGCAGAGAGUCAGACAGUCAUUUCGCCCCAGACCCUGACGCCCUGAGGGACACUCUGCGCGAACCUAUGCCACCCAAACAGACGGUCAUGCCCCCCAAGUGGCUGGUGACCUCCGCUCCUGAUCCAGGCGGCGAGGCGCCACCUCGCACCCCGUCCAACCACGCCGCCGCUCAGUACCCGUCUCCCUCCGCCUCCGCGACCGCGGCCGCCAAACCCGGUCGGCCCGUCUCGUCCGCGGGCGUGUCCACUCAGCAGUCGGCGGCGGCCUCCACCUCUCAGCCCUCCAAGCAGCCCCCUCUCCCCCCGCCCAAGCCAGUAAACAGGGCCAACACUGCUAUGCUGGUCUCUGCCCUGCAGGGGGGGGAGAAUGCUCAGCUUCCGCUCUACUGGUCCUGCUGGAAGCGAGAGUGCGACUAUGAUGUCUACCUGUCCCUGCCCGUCUACCUGUGUCGCCGGGCCGGAGGCCUGCGCUCAGGUGACUUCACCCAAGCCAUUGGGGGUCCCAGUCUCGCACCAGCCAAGCCUUCUCCACCGAUGCCACCCAAGAGGACCACACCAGUCACGAAACGCACCAUGGAGGACUCCUCUCCCUCAGGUCACCCCAUUAACCCCCUAGCACCUUCUAUGGAGGACCACAGUACCCUGUCUGUGGGUUUCCAGCUGCCUCCCCCUCCCCCCUCCCCUCCGCUACCAACUCACAUCCCGCCUUCCCCACCCCGCCAACACAUACACACCCACCACCUCCACCAUCAGCACUCCUACCCCCACCCGCUGCCCCAGCCCAUACCCAUGCUGUUCGACCCGCCGAGCCCGACCGUCGAGUCCCCCCAGCGCCCGGCUCCUGUCCCGCUGCAUAUCAUGAUCCAGCGAGCGCUGUCCAGUCCCGGCCCGGCUCAGCCACAUCCAGACGGCUUGCAGCGUGCGCACACUCUGCUUUUUGAGACCCCACCAGAGUACCAGGGGGAUCGUGGUCGCCCUCUUCCUGUCAGCAUCCAGCCACUAAAACUGUCUGAAGAUGACUAUUCAGAAGAGGAGGAAGAGGAAGAUGAUGAGGAAGAGGAGGAGUAUGAUGGGGAGAUUCCCCAACCGGAGUUCGAACCGCGGAGCCGUCGGUGCUUGGUUGGAGACGCUGGUGUAUGUUUCCCAGGGGGAAACAGCAGUGAGGAGGAAGAUGAAGAUGAGGAAGAGGAUGAAGAAGUAGAGCGUGACAUGCAUGAGCAGGGCAGCGACUCAGACGGGCCCGGGCAUCAUAAAGAUGAAGACUCAGAUGAAGAGGAUGAGCCCCCACCUAGUGCCCUGGCCAGCAGGGUCACGAGGAAGGACACCCUGGCUCUGAAGCUGGGCAGUCGCCCCCCUGUUCCAAACAGGGACAGGUUCACGCAGGAGAGGAACAGCAGAGAGGACCAACCUCCAGGACAGAGCGGCCUCACCUGGCAGAGCAGGGAGCAGUGGGAGGCCAUCCGCACACAGAUCGGCACUGCACUCACAAGGCGACUUAGCCAGAGACCAACAGCAGAGGAGCUUGAGCAAAGAAACAUCCUUCAGCCUAAAAAUCAAGCUGACAGACAAGCUGAGGUUAGAGAGAUCAAGCGGCGACUGACCAGAAAGCUGAGUCAAAGACCCACAGUUGCAGAACUACAGGCAAGAAAAAUCCUACGAUUCCAUGAGUAUGUGGAGGUCACCGAUGCCCAAGACUACGAUCGGAGAGCAGACAAGCCGUGGACCAAGCUGACUCCAGCUGACAAGGCGGCAAUUCGGAAGGAGCUGAAUGAUUAUAAGAGCACUGAAAUGGAAGUUCAUGAAGAGAGCAGAAUCUACACAAGGUUUCAUCGGCCUUAGCAUCACCUCCUCUAUGUGGAUAAUGAAGCACUUACAGUCUCUGUGGCGAGAAGCAGUUCUCUAUGCAGGCAGAUCGCCCACUUGUGUUUCUCGAAUGUACAGAUAAUCAGGGAAAGCCUGGAAAUGAGUCGCUUCUCGCAUGCCCUCCAUCGCCCGCUCACUACCGUGCUUUCAAUGAACUGAGGUGUUGGUGGGACAGGAGCAGAUGCAGUAUUUCUCCUGGACAACAGGGGGAACCACGUGCCAAUAAUGUGGAGAAGUGGCGAAGGACCUACCGCUGACUGUCUCACUUUUGUGGUACCCAUCAGGGACUUGGGUUUAGUUACUACCUUUAAUGCGGCCUCAUUCUGUGUUGCCUUUUUCUUCUUUACUGUAUAUGGAAAACUAAUUCAUCUCGUUAAUGUAACAGUGUAUAAUGAUAGUAAUACUGAUGACAACUUAUAAUACUCCACGCAGUAAGAAAAUAGAGAGAAACAGCAGCUUGCAAGAGUUGAAAGUAGGAGGAUGAAGACUGGGACACUGAUAGGACUGGACAUCUCUGGGAUAAUGUGUGUUUUGUAUUCAUUGUGUACAGACUGCUAUUGUGAUACUUUAGAAUGAAACAUGGAAAGAUCUAAGAACAAAAUAUUCUGCAAUGCACAAGAUAUUUUAUAUUGUAAAUUUGAUUACAUGACUAGUAACUGCUUUUGUUGGGGCCCGUUUUUAUUUAGCUUGCCUGUAUUUAUGGUUGUGACUUAUGGUGGCCCUUUAAGCAUCAAUCUAGUUAUUAGACAAAGGUGCAGGUCAAAAGUCUGUCAGAGAUUUUAGAUGGGCCAACACCGCCAAAGCCUAAAGGACUGGGAAACUGGUUUUUAUACCACUGAUGUCUGCAAUCCACUGCAUGAGCCAACACAGAAUCUAGUGCCACUGGAUCUGGAUAAAAUCUCUUCAUUUAUCCUUUCUUAUGAGCCCUUUAAAGAUUUAACAUACAUAGCCAUUUUGAAUAAGGUCAUACUAGUACUGUUUAAAGUAAGAGAUGAAAGUAGGUUGUGGUGAGUGUAGAUCAGGGACUUGUCAAAGAAUCAAAAGAUAUAUACGGAUUCAACAAGAAUUCACUUUGGCUGGACUCUGUUUUACAUUUUAUUAUUGUCUCGGACGGUAGCUUACAGGGUUCUCUGUGUUUUGUACAGGUUGAUAUAAGUUUAACUAAUGCCUGUGUAUAUCUCGUCUUCCUUUCAUUUGAAAAGAAAUUGUCUAAAAGUAUUAUAGGUUGCUAUUUUUUUAAGCACAUAUUAGUUUAUGAGUACAUGCUACAAGAGUGGGAUCAUGAAAAUACUGUUUCUGUAACAUUAAGUUCAUUUUUAAUUGAAUGUGGAAUCGUAAGGACUGUUUUUCUUUUUAAUUGUAAAUAGCCACAUCUGGAUCUAAUUAAAAUCUUACAGUUCCUUAAA